UAUGAAAAUAAGAUAUUACUACAAAAAGGUUCUAAAUCCGCUAACGUCCCAAAGUAGGGCAGAUACAUCAGCAGAACAGCGCUUUUCAGGGCUACCAGGAGUUCCGGUUGCUGUAGCAGAGAGGGUGUCGCUGGAUAGCUCCAAUGGGAGCGGUCCGACAUCCGGAGUGCCAUCGGAUAACCCCCACCCGGGAGGUAGUCCGGCACAGAGGAGACCAACGGCUCGGGGAACGAUGCCACCAACGACGCAGAUGACGAUGGGUGGGGCUGUACAAAGUAACGACGGCUCCACUUUAUCCGAGCUCAUGGACAAGUCUCCUGUUCGGCGUGAUGGUGAGAAGGAAGACGCGGCAAAGCAGGACGCGGGCUCUUUAGCUAGCGUCCCCGCUGAAGACAACGGCCUGGAUUCCGGUCUGGCAGAGGGCGCUGCGGAGGAUGAGGAUGCUGGCUACAUGGCGAAUAUGUUAUGUGCGGCUGAUGUGCGGCUGGCCUCUCAAGAACGUCUUCUCUGCCUUCCCGCGGCCCGACGUUCCUUCCCUCCUCGUACUUUGUUUAUUCCUCCUGCCGAUCCUGUGUGUGUGUGUGUGUGUGUGCCUGUUUCGGAUAACCUCUCUAACUCUCCCAUCUCCGUUCCCGUCACCUCUACACCUGUCUCGCGACCUGAUAAGGUCGACACAAUGGAUAGAGAAUUUCGGGAAGGAACCUUCAAUGCCCCUUCGACUGCCGAAUAUUAUAGCCUCACAUGUAGCCAACACUGCCUUCAUUAA